AUGGGUCGACAGGAAUUGCGAAGGUGGAGGUUGCAGUGGUUUGGUGUGGUGGGGGUGGUGGGUGUGUUGUUCGUGUUUAGUUACUGGACGCUGCGUGCACAGCGUGAAGGGUUGAGUGCGAUCAAUGAGAAGAUCUUUAUGGGUGCGCACAUAGGCGGUGUAGCUCGGUUCGGUGUGGGUCGAAGCGUGACGUCGCGGGUUCGAGUCCCGAUAAUGUCAUUUGACACGGGUUUCCGAUCGUUUGUGGAGCCGGACGACGGAAAGUUGGAGCGGUUGGCGAGUGGUGUACCGGCAGUGGACGGGCAGCCGAUGCUGCCAGGAGAGUGCGACGCAGUGAACCUACUUGCGUCCGGUGCCUCGGCGGCAACGGCCUUAAGUGCGAGCGGGACGGGCAAGAUCGGCUACCGGCCACGAUAUCGUUUGAUUGCGGUGGCCAAGGUGGGUAACGAGAUGCCGUACAUACUAGAAUGGCUAGACUUUCACAUCCAUCAGGGUUUCGACCACUUUGUGCUCUACAUCGACGACAGUCCCUUCGACAUUGGUUCCAACUACCUACAGACGCUCAGACUGUUGCCCGAAUACUAUGCGCAACUCGGCUACCCCGGCGACUUAAUCGAAGUCAAGACCAUCGGGGGCAGUCUGGGCGGUGACGGCACAGGCGGUGUGGUGGAGGGACUGUUUGAUAGCAAGAUGAACUACCAUCGUCUUACGCAACAGACCCUCAUUAAACACGCGUUCGAGAAAUACAAACAUGACACAGAGUGGAUUAUGCAUUUUGAUGUGGAUGAAUUCAUCCACCCGAUCCCGUUGUUGCAAACAAAUAUGUCGGAGACAAGUACUGCGGGCGACAAUGAUGGCGCUGACAAUGAUGUGUUGGGUUCCGAGGAGUGGUUGCGGCGGUAUCCACAAGAUCAGGGUCUGUCGGAAUGGCAAAUGAAGUUGCGCGCUGUGGAACGUGAAGGUCGCCGGUUCGAUCCGCGGCGGUACGGCGACGGCCGCGGCAAGUUGUCGGGAGAUGAGUGGACGCUGGCACGCUACCUACAAAACCUCUAUGUCGACCCGAACUCGUUCGUGGCCGAGUCUUACCAAAUGGGUUACCUCUCGGGCAUUUACGUUUUCUCUGCGCCUUUCGGAAUCGGCGACGCGUACUGGUUCAGCCCAAUUGUCAAUCUCGUCCGUAACGAAGCCAAUGGCCAACUGGAACUCCUCUAUGCCCCAUCAGUGCCCGCGGGCGACCUGGGUGAUGACACCACACCCCAGGGAGACAUCGAGGCCGAUGCGCGCCGUAUGAAUGCCUUCAUCAACUACCUCACUGGCCUCGAACAACUGGACGACUCUGAUCCAAAGAAACUCCAGCCACUCCUAUCCUUCUAUGAAGCAUUCAAAAACACUACAUUCGAUCACCCUCAGUGGCAAGGCUACCCCUUUCAAUUGCUACGACAAACCCACAAGACCUUAUCCGCCUUUAAUGGAGACUCAAUCGUUGAGGCAGCCAAACACCAUGUAAAUAUCUGGCCUGAAUGUAAACCCAUGCUCGAAACGUAA